AUGUCGUUUGCAUUCAACUUUGAGGAGGACUUCAGCGAUAACGAAAGGGAAGCUGCAACAGUGGACGCUUUUAACAACCCGCUGGAUGUGGUGCAGAUUGACCCCAAACGGCUUCCAAAGGUUGAGGAUAUAGGAAUCUUGUUGAAGACAUUAGUUGGCCACAGAGUCUCAUAUUCGCCGUCUUCAAUUGGCGAGGCAACGGUUUAUCGCCGUGAACUCUACGAUGUCAAGCACCAACUCAUGCUUGAAGACGAUUCGCAAGACAAGGAAGAGUUUGAUAUCCUGAUUGGUGAUACACCCGAGGACUUGAGAAACGGAAUUUACGAAGGUGGUUUGAAGAGCUGGGAGUGCUCAUUUGAUACUAUUGAGAGGUUAAACCAAAUGAACGACAGCCUGCUGUUUGGCAACAAAUCCGAAGAACCUCAUAACAUUCUGGAGCUUGGUUGCGGCACAGCGUUACCUUCGUGCCAUCUGUUUCCGCGUCUGUUUCAUGAGAAACCCAGGGAAAAGCCAGUGUCGCUGAUAUUGAGCGAUUACAAUGCCUCUGUUCUGAGACUGGUCACUCUGCCUAACCUGUUGAUCAACUGGGCCCUAACAUUAGACUCUAACGUCAGAGAAGAGCUGCAGAGAAAGACACCAGAUGAGGAACCGGUUAUACGCGACGAGGAGUUGGAGGUGACCCAAGCGCUGACAGAUUCCUUCGUGAAUGCUCUUUUAUCCAACAACAUCUCUGUGCAGUUGGUCUCAGGAUCAUGGGGCAGACAGUUCCUGGAUGUACUGGAUGUCCAGUAUUCUGGGUCGGGGUUGAUAAUCUCGUCUGAGACCAUAUAUUCUCCACAGACUCUUCCCAUAGUGGCUGAGACCAUUCUGGAGCUACUACACAAGAUCAGGAACAAGGAAUCGUGUUGUGCAUUAGUGGCAGCUAAGGAGAUCUAUUUUGGCGUUGGUGGUUCUGUUGGAGAGUUUCUGAGAUAUCUCGAGGACCGUUUGCAUGUUACUAUGGGCCCUUAUACGGAUGUGGUUUAUGACGUGCAGACAAUCAAUGCAAAUCUGAAAAGGUGUAUCGUCUUUAUCCAGGAUAGUUCAUAA